AUGCCAAUACUUAGCGAAGAGGAUCUGGAACGCUUCCGAACAAAAGUAUGUACCCUAGCCUCUUCAAUGAAGUGUGACUUUGGGGUAGAAAGAUGUAAUUACUCACAUAACCUCUACUGGGCACGCAGAUGCCCGUUCUACCUCAGAGAUUCAUCAAUAUUGAGAUACAUACCACAGUGCUGCCCAGACGUCGAACUGGGAGAAGGAACCACAGUAAUAAGAAACUCAUGCCCAAGAGGAAACAACUGCUCAUUCGCACACUCAUACGAGGAAAUACACUAUCACCCGCUAGUAUACAAAACAGAAGUGUGCAAAGAUUACAGGCUGGGCAAAUGCAAAACGUACUACUGCCACCUAGUCCACGGGCUGGCAGAAUACAGAGUGCCUAAACAAUAUGUGCUGCCGAAGAAGGUCGGGCUGGAUAUUCCGGAGUUCGCACACGUGAGAAUGGUGGACAACAUCAAGUCAAUCACAUCAGGAAACGUAUCAGUAGGGUGUUUCCAGAAGGAUAAGGGAAAUAAAUCGGCGGAAAAGUCACUAAGCAAGUUAGAAAGUAAAGGUAAGAACAAAGGAAUUAAAGAACCAAAUGUAGAUUUGAGUGACUCUGGUAAUAUUAAAUCAUGGUCAUCAAUCAAGUGGAAAAACAAAUCAACAGAUAAGGAUAAUAUAGUGGCAAAUAACAGUGACUUGGUCAACGGAUCAAUAAGUAAGGAUGGAAAUGGUAAAAGGGACGGUAAAAAUAGUAUUACAAAUAACUUUGGAAAUACAAAUGAAGGAGUUGAGGGCGAAACAUUUAAAACAAUCGGCUCAAUUGAAAACGGAAACCAAAAUUCAGAAAACGAUCCAAUCUAUGAGUGGUACAAGUUAAUAUCGAUGCCAAAAGUAGAUUACACAGACGACAACAUGAGUGAAAGAAAUUGUUCAAUACUCAAGUUGUACGAUAAACACAUAGGGAACAAUCUGAACGAGUUCAACAACUUAACCAUCUACAAUAACGGAUUAAACCCCUACAACGACAAUUAUGAUAACGACUUAAAUGCGUAUGGACAGGAAAACAACAUCAACUAUGAAAAUGAUAAGAGAAAUGAGUCGUUAGUAACGAGGAAUGUAAACAUGUGGAAUGACUCAAACAUAGCUCGAAUCAUUGAAGCAAAUGAUAACGCUAUUGGAACAGUAUCAAGUAUCAUGGGAGAUUCAUACCAAAGCUAUGAAGAUGUAUUCCAAUCAUCUGAUUUGGCUUCAAGCAUCAACUCAAUCAACCAGGAUGAUAUCUACUCGAAUGUGUUUAACCAGUGUGAGGUUAUUAAGAAAAACUGCAGAGAAUCUAUACAAAACAAAACCAAGUGGUCAAACGUGGUAGACGAGUGUACCAAGUUGCUCAAUCUUGUAAUUGAUGCAAACCAACCACCACAGGAACAGAAGGAAGAGUAA